AUGGGUUCAAUCGAAGAUUUACAAUGCCCAUUACUAGAACGCGUGCAAUCAGUUCACGCCCCCUCGGUGAUGCAAGAGGAGAUGGUAUUAUCUACACUUGCGGAUCCUGCCCACGAAUCAUAUUUUGAAACCUACCACUUCAGCGCCCCCGGGAUCUUGAACCCAGAUCAGCUCAAUGGAGCGAUACACGCAGUAGCAAGGAAGCAUGCGGUACUGCGAUCUGUCUUUAUCCAUCAAAGUCAAUCGAGUACGGCAAUUUUGCGAAUCGCGGUGCUGGAACAGGCGUACGUUCUCCACCGAGCAAAGCUACUAAGCCUGCAGCCAAUAGACGAGGAACCACUCUUCGGCAUCCUUCAGCUUGAAGCCAUCGAGAGCGAUGAGUGGGACGGAGGUAUGCCGUGGAAGUUCGCUUUGACUGUCUGUCAGCAGGAGCAAAAGUCUUCUGUCACCCUCAGGUAUCACCAUGCACUGCUUGAUGGUUGGUCUGCGAGGGCUGUUCUGGAACUGGUUCAACAGCAGAUGCAUAUCCCAGGCAAUGUCUCGCAAGAGUCGGAUUUCUUUUCUCUAGUACGCCAGCCGCUCAAGCAUGAUUGGAAGCAGGAUGAGACAUUGCUCCGAGAACGACUGGGGAAAAUUGAGACAUCGCCCGUACUCAGCCCUGGAAUAGUUCCAAAUGGUGGCCUUGGGAUCGGGGAGGUGAUGCGUGAAGUUUCUCUGAGGCAAACUGUCAGUUCACCGGAUCGACCAGCCGUUCCCGCACGACUUCUUCGUCUUGCUCUGGCCAUGACAGUGUGUGUUUUUAGAAACAGUGAGGACUCCUUGUUCCUGGAAAUUAGCUCCGCUCGAAAUCUGCUCCUCCCCUCGGACCAGCAUGUAUUGGGACCGGUACUGAGACCCCAAGUGCGGAAUAUCUACUUGAAGGAGCAAACCAAGCUCGGGGAAUGUGCGCAGCUCUUGCGCUCAUCCCACGACCCCCAGCAUAACCUGAGCGUUAGCCAGCUGAAGUCCUUUCUGCCCGAGAGUAGCAGAGAGCUGGACGUAUGUCUAGUCUGUCAAACCAAUCAGUCGUACCCUUCGAAUGGUGUCGUUGACUGGGAGUGGGUCAGCGGGGAAGCGCGGAACGACCUCGCAUUCAUCGUGGAGAUUUUACCCCCAGGAGAAGGAGCAUUCUUUGUCAAGAUCCGAUACCACCAGGACCGGUUUAGAAAGGAAUUUGCAUCUUCUUUUCUUGAUUUCUUUUGCCAAACCUUGACGUGGAUCCAAGCCACUGGUGAUAGCAUCGAGCACCGGACAUUUGCCUCAGCUGUAUCGGAUAUAUGUCACCAAGGGGGUUACAGACAGCGCUAUCUAGAGUUGAAUCCUAAGGAAGUCCUCCUGGAUGAGCCUGCAUGUGCGCACGACCUAAUUGAACAAGCCGCUGGCAAGUGGCCCAGCAAGAUCGCUUUGGAAGCGGAGCAUAAUCAGUUUAUGACAUACGCCGAGCUUUGGAACGCAAGCAGUAGGGUAGCCAAAGGCCUGCGACACUACCUUGCCCAUGCGCAGAAGGACCAGGUGCUUGUCCCCAUUUGCUUUGACAAAAGUGUGGACAUGGUCGUUGCCAUCUUGGGAGUCCUCAAGGCGGGGUGUGCAUACGUGCCAUUAGAUCCCUCUCUGCCCAAGGAGCGCCUCGUGAGUAUCCUAAGCGCCUCUAAUCCCGCUGUGGUCGUCGCCGGCCAGACGGAACUCGAGGAUAUUCUGCAUUCGGCAUGCGGUGAGCUAGGUAUCCUGGUGACGUCUAUUGACGGUCUUUCCGGGCAUGAUGCGUCUCCUAAUAAAUCAAGUUGGCCGGAUCAUCCAUCUUCGUCGUCCCUGGCAUAUGUCCUGUUCACAUCCGGGUCGACAGGGAUUCCGAAAGGAGUCAUGGUGGAGCACAGAAAUCUUGUGUCCUUCAUGAAAGCAGGGGAAGGAAAUGCAGAUGGUACAUGGAAAUCUACGCGACUGCAGCUGGCUGCGUACAGCUUUGACGCAUCCAUCGGAGAUAUCUUCGCCAAUCUAUACCGCGGUGGCCGUCUCGUCUUGGUACAGCGGAACAAAAUGCUUUCGAAUUUGAAUCACUGGCUGGAGGAGACGUUAGUUACCCAUCUCGCAUUGACUCCAACUAUUGGUGAUCUUAUCGUUUCGCAUCUGCCGUCCCGGUUGCAGACGCUUAUGUUCGGUGGUGAGCCUUUCCACCAGAGUUUUCUGGCACAAGCCCCAGCUGAGACGCGAAUUUGGAAUACCUGUGGUCCUACGGAAACUGUAGUGGAUGUUGCCUGCUGCAUACUCGAAAAGAGCAAGACGGAUGCCCCCAUUGGUCGACCCUUCGGGCAGUGCCAAAUCUAUAUACUACGGGGUGGAAGCAGUGAUACCGCGGUUCCUCCGCAUGCGGUCGGAGAGAUAUGUGUCGCUGGUCCCCAGGUUUCCCGCGGUUACCUGGGGCGACCGGAUCUGACCAGGCUUGGGUUUGUCACGGACCCGUUUUGUCCCUCGCAAAGGAUGUAUCGCACUGGGGAUCUGGGUCGUCUGAAUCACAGAGGCAUGAUAGAACAUCUCGGCCGAGCAGAUGGCCAGAUCAAGCUGCGAGGACUGCGAGUGGAAACAGGCGAAGUGGAGGUGACAAUCAAACAGUCCUCGAUCAUUUCACAGGUAUCUGUCAGUGUCGACCACCUCGACGGCCACGAUCGCGAAGCUCUAGUUGCGUGGAUAGUGCCAGCAGCCGGUCAAAGUGCGCAAGACAUUGAACUUGGGUGGAGUGAUGAAAUACUGCCCCGUUGCCAGCGGCGGUUGGCGCCGUACAUGAUCCCGGAAGUGUGGAUCAUGGCCUCACAUCUUCCCCUUACAAUCAGCGGCAAGCUGAACCGGGGCACUCUAUCCUCGUGGGUGAAAAGUGUUGCAAGGGGCGGAACCCACGAAGGUCUCUCUGUGAUAGCUGCACCGUGGAAAACACAAGAGGUCACAAAGAGGCUGCCAACAAGCCCGGCCGAACGGCUCAUAGUAGCCACCUGCGCGGACGUACUGGGUGCGGCACUCCAUGGCGUAUCUGUGGACUCAACAUUUAUAUCCCUUGGUGGUAAUUCUCUCUUGGCCAUGCGUCUCUUGGCCGCCCUGCGACAAAAAGGGGUACAUUGCUCCUUACGGGAGUUGCUUGGCCCUAUGACGCUCGCUGAUGUAGCAAGGGCUAUGUGUCCGUCCAGCGGCCCUCAAAAGCAGGUCGCAAAGUCAUUCUACCGUAAGGACAGCUGGAAACAGAUUGUUGCUGAUACCAGGAUUGCUCUUGACACGAUUGAGGCAAUUUAUCCAUGCACUCCACAGCAAGAAGGCCUCAUCCAGAGCAGCCUUCAAGGAGGAAGGUCCACGUACUUCGCAGCGAUAACCAUACGCCUAGGUAAUACGAUCAACCUGGACACGUUCCAUGAAGCUUGGAAACGAUUGGUACUUGGGUGUGACAUCUUGAGAACCGCCUUUGUAUCAUCCUCGCAAGUACAGCAUCCGCCGGCCCGCGAGUCCAACAUCCUUCAGGUCGUUCUGAACGAAUCCGCCGCGGACGUGAGACGGGUGGCCAGCCUGAACAACGGAGAUGUUGCAUUUGAAUUUGGGGUAGUCCCUCUCUCGGCAGGAAUCACCCAGGAGUCUGUUGAUAAGCCGCUGAAGUUGCACCUCAGGAUCCACCAUGCUUUAUAUGAUGAAGCAUUCCUAUCCAGACUCACAGCCGAGCUUUCCGUCAUGUACAAAACACGGGAAAUGGGAAGCCCAGGCGCUGCUUUGCCCCCAAGCCGGCCAUUCUCCGCUUUUGUGGAGUCCCUCUGCAACGAUGAUCCAGAGCUCUCAAAGGGAUUCUGGAAGGGCUACUUGCACGAAGUGGUUCCCGCAACUUGGCCCGUGGCAAGUGGGAUUCGAAGAACGCGAGAGGAGAGAGACCAAGAUACAGAGACAUAUGUCUCCAGAAAAUGGGCCGGAAAUGCUGUUGUUUUGGGCCAGAUGUUUCAAGCAACACCCGCGUCGAUUGUCCGUGCUGCAUUGGCUCUAGUACUGGCACAGUACUCUCAGACGGACGACGUGGUGUUUGGUGAAGUGUCGAGUGGCCGACUUGAUCAUGAUUGCUUUACCCUUGGGCCUUGCCUCGCCACUCACCCUGUCCGCAUUCAAAUUGAUCGCAAAUCGCCAUCGUGGAUGCACAAGCUUGUGGCCGACGCCCUGGAAUCGUAUCUAGCUACAAUACCGUAUCAGCAUUGUGGGCUAGCCAAUAUUCACCGACAGAUGUCUGAUGUUGACCUGAUGGCCUUCCAGGUUCUUUUUGCCCACCAGGAGACAUUUGUAGAAUAUGAUGCUGCUGGUCGUUUCCACGUGGAGUCGGCGAGGUUGCAGAACCUCGGGUUUCCCCUCAUACUGGAAUCGAGAUGCAAUAAAAGGACUGGUGAACUAGCGCUGGAAUGCACCAUUGACUGGCGAUACUUGGGUCAGCAGGAUGCAGCGUGGUUUCUACGAGCUAUAUGCCGCACGCUCGACACGCUCUCGGCUGUUGUUGAGGGUAAGGUCUCAGAGCCAGGACUCCUGACGGCCGUUGUGGAUGAGGAGAUGAGACGAACUCUCGAGAAUUGGUCGACAAAACGGAUCCCGUUUCGCUUAGCAGAUACAAAGAACCCGGAAAUGUGUGUCCAUGAGCUUUUUGAAAUGCAGGCCCAUUUGACUCCACAGAAGAUCGCCCUUCAAGUAAACCAGUCCCAAUUCAUCACAUACAGUGAGCUGAACAGGCGAUGCAGCGAACUGUCUAACGCGCUGCUGAACUGGUUCGACAGAUUGGGGCUUGUAACCUUAGGAGAUCAACAGAUUGUCCCGCUCUGCUUCAACAGUGCUGUCGACAUGGUGAUUGCUAUGAUUGCCGUGUUGAAGGCAGGUGCAGCAUAUCUACCUAUAGACCAGCAUCACCCACAGGGCCGAAUCCAGCAAAUACUCGCCUUGUCAGGUGCAAGAGUGAUGGUGGGCGAUGGCUCGGUUGAAACAAUGCAAAAGCUUCAGGCUGCGAGCAAGCAGGCAAAAUGUGGCAUCGUUAGUAUUGAAACGCUGCUGAGUCUGCAUGGAGGGCAGACAGUGAGAAAGCCCUCGUUCCGGCCCACCCCGGAAGCUCUGGCAUAUGUGAUUUUCACAUCUGGAUCAACUGGAACGCCCAAAGGGGUGAUGGUCGAGCACCGCAAUCUAGCAGCUUUUAUGCAAGCGAAUGAACCGGAGGCAAUAGGAACCUGGACUUCAGCGCGGCUGCAACUGGCCACAGCCACGUUUGAUGCAGCAACAGGGGAAACCUUUGGUACGCUAGCAUCUGGUGGGCGUCUGAUCCUGGGGCAGAAGACCCAUGAGAUACUGGCGACUUUGCCGGACUGGCUGGAUAGAACGGUCAUAACCCACCUCUUUGUCACGCCUCGCGUGGCGGCAAACUUCUUGACGGAUACUGACCCUCCGUACCUUCGGACCCUUCACAUUGGCGGGGAGGCCUUUGAUCCCAGCAUCCUACCACACAUGCCCUCUGGUUGUGACGUGUAUAACGUGUUUGGUCCAACAGAAACCACCAUUUACGCAACACACUACAAAAUUCGGAAGGAAGACGGAUACCGCCGCAAUAUCCCAAUUGGGUAUCCCUUUGGGGGCUGUCGGCUAUACGUUCUCAACCCGGAGACCUUGGAACAGGUUCCCGUUGGCGUCACAGGAGAGAUUUGCAUAGGAGGUCCUCAGGUCACUAGAGGCUACCAAGGCCGGCCGGACCUGACAUCUCGGUCUUUUCUCAGUGAUCCUCGCGUUCCCGGCCAACGCUUGUACCGGAGUGGGGAUCUUGGGCGGUUCUGUGGAGAUGGAUCAAUCGAACAUCAUGGCCGAAUUGAUACCCAGAUCAAGUUGCGCGGUCUACGAAUUGAAGUAUCCGAGAUCGAGUCAGUGUGUCUAGAACAUGCGAUAGCCACCGCUUGUGCGGUAAUUGUGCUUGAUCGAGACGAGGGUCAGGUCCUCCUCGCCUUUAUCCAGACCCAGAAGGACCACCACAUAAGCCCUUGUUCGCAAAAGUGGAGUAAAAUGGAGUGCACACUACAUCGCCAUCUGGAGAGCCGCCUGCCCAGCUAUAUGGUCCCCUCUCGCUUGCUUCCCAUCGAAGCCAUGCCCCUGACCACUAGCGGGAAGGUCGAUCGACGAGAACUCGGCGCUCGAGCAGAGCUGAUGGACCAGGAGGGAAAACUAUUUACCCCACAGAAUACAAAUCAUACCGAAGGCUGGGUUCAGGGUACUACUGAAGAACAAAUUGCUGACGCAUGGGAGCAGGUUCUUGGGAUCGACAAGGCAAACAUCGCGUCCAAUAUUGCAUUUUCUCGUCUUGGGGGUGACUCUAUUCGUGCCAUUCGCCUGUUCUCGCUGCUCCGUAAAGCUGGAUUGAAGCUCAAAAUGGCCGAUGUGAGGAACGCAUCUACGAUCCGGUCACUGGCACAAUGCGCAACCUCCCACGUCAAUGUGCCCGAAAGGAUUACGGAAGAAGCAACGGACAUUGAUGCGCAUAGUGGACCAGUGGCGCUAGGUCCGAUUGCUGCAAGAUAUGCUAGCAUCCAGUUGAAGUAUGCUUCCCAGCGUGGAGAGCAGGUGAUAAAUCAUUUUAAUCAGUCGGUGCUGCUGGACGUGACUGGAAUCCCCACCUUACGCCUUCAGCUCGCCUUGCAACGUCUUCGCAAUCACCACGAUGCUUUACGCGCGAUAGUCCACUGGAGCUUAGAUCUCCCAAUGGAGGAGUGGACAAUCGCGGCUCUUCCUCGCUCAGAAAUGAAACUACUAGGCCUGGAUAGCCCUCGGAGGCUGACGCUAGAAGCCCUCAGUGCGGAAAUCCAGCGUCGACUGAGUGGAUUGGACAUCCGGCGGGGUAAGGUCAUGGAUGCCGCUCUCUAUCACCUAGACGGACAUAAUCGUGUGUUCCUGUUCUGGACCAUCCAUCAUUUCGUGGUGGACAUUGUGUCCUGGCACAUUCUUCUCGAGGAUCUAAACGUCUUGGUGCAGGCAAAGGAGGAACCGGAAUCUGUCGUUCUGCAGCCAGCAACCAUGGGCUUUUUAGAAUGGACGCGCCAGGGCCAGAUUAAGUAUGAAGCUGGGUCACUGGCCACAGGCAGUACACUAGAUGCACCAGAAAACCCAGUAUCUUCAUUUGCCUCCGAUAAACUGCCCUUGUGGGUUCGUCAGCCGGGGCUGGUUCCAAUUCACCCGCUCAAUCGGACCACAACGGUGGCUAGAUUAAACUCAAGCAUCACAGAACUACUUCUUGGACGCUCAAACAACGUGCUUUCGACGGAACCUCUUGAUCUACUACUAGCAGGGCUGGCCAUGACAAUCUCCAAGCACUUCGCAGGCGCCGUUAGCAGCCUUGUAGUCGGCUUGGAAACACAUGGGCGACACACUGGAAUCAACAACGCCGAUCUCUCGCGAUCGGUAGGUUGGUUUACCGCAAUUAUACCCAUGCUCCUUGACUGCAGAGAGGAAUCAUCGUCUAUCGAGUCCAUGGUACGUCGGGCCAAAGACCAGCGCUACCUUCUGAUGGAAGACGACCGAGGAUUUCGCCGUUUCGUACGCUCCCGCUGGUGUACAGCCAGAGCCCCAAAUAAUGAGAUUAUGGGGCUGGUUUUCAAUUACCAGGGAGUCAGACAGCAGCCCCGGGGCCAGGAUGACAUGCUUCUACAUCCGGUCCAACUUCCAGGGUUACGCUGGAGCGAUACUUGUCCAUAUGCGGUGCCUCUGUCGCAUGCCGCACUUGAGGUAUAUGUGUAUGACAAGGAGACUUAUAUCGAGGCCACAUGGCCGUCAGAAGGUGCGAUAGACGGCGGCGAUGUUGCCGAACUCUUAGGUCAGCAGAUAGCAAGUAUCUGCCAGUACCUCGAUGAAAAGGAUCGCCUUGGGCAGACAUCAAUUAGUGCGUCAUCGACGUCCGCGUUCGGGCUGGUGCCGGGUGACUGCUUCGAUCGCGUGUUUCGCCUGUACGCCGAAGAUACACUGGAGGAUAUCAUCCCUUGUACCCCGAUGCAACGGGCCCUUCUUUACGAAGGAAUUGCCGAUCCUGAAUCGCAGUCGUAUGUUACCAGCCGCGUCUGGCGCAUCCCCACAGAUAGAUCAGUGUGCUCGCAGAUCGAGGAGGCCAUUAGGAGCCUGGUACAGGAACAUGAGGUGCUGCGGACAGUUUUCCACAUCGAUCCCGAAGUAGGGCCUUUGGCCCUGGUUUUAUGUGAUACUCAAACCCUGAAUGCGAACGCGAUUGGGCAAGUGGAGGUUAGAAAUCAUACCGAGCUGGAGGAAAUGGUGACAAAGUUGUUACGCAAACCUGAGUAUGGAAAUCCAUUGAAGCAACCGUUCUGCGCUCGAGUAGUGCGCGCCACUGAUGGGUCGGGGGCAAAAUUAGUCUGGCUACUACACCACAGUUUGAUUGACGCUUGGAGCCAAGAUAUGCUGUUUGGCGAGUUGACCCAGAUUCUUGUGGAUGGUUGCCCGAUCGAAUCCCUGGCGUCUCGACCUUCUUUUGGAUCCUUUGCGCGCUAUGUGGCUUUUGACAGCCGUGCAGACCAGACCCAUGGGCAGUUUUGGUCAGAGACCUUGAAUGGAGUACAACCUACAACAUUCCCUCUCUCCUUGAUGUCUUCACGCCCGAUGGAUGCCGAUGCAGUUGUCGUGGAACAGACUUGUAAUCUAGCCACUCUAUCCGAAAACUGCAUAUCACCUGCGGCACUGGUCUCACUGGCGUGGAGUCUUGUCCUCUCAGAGGUCCUUGAUACCAAUGAUGUUACUCACGGAAUGCUAUUCUCCGGGAGACAGGUUUCACUUGAUGGUGUAGCAGAUAUUAUCGGCCCCUGUAUCAGUACGGUCCCAAUCCGGACCCAACUGAACCGGCACGGUAGCAUUCUGGAUCUUCUACAAUCAACAGAGACUGCAAUUUGCUUGGCGGGCUCACACAGUAUGAUUGGCGUCGAUGGCGUGGCUCGGGCAGCUGGGGUGGAGGCCCCGGCCUUGGUGAACACGCUCCUUAAUUUCUUUGGCGUUCGAACGGACGUGCUCGAGAAUGAUAACUUGAACUCAAUACUCGAACUAGACAGUGUUGACGAUGGACUUCCCCCCUCAAUUACGCUGUCGUGCUGGCAGCGGCAGACAGAGGGCAAUACUCUGGUGAUGCGCCUCGAGCGUCGACAUCCUCUGCAGGCGGGAAUUGCACGGUGCCUGAUGGAGCGCAUGGCCUGGUACUGUCAUUCACUGUCCCACCAGACGGAUAGAACACUCGACAGUGUUUUAUCAAUCACUCCGGAUGAAGACCAGCUGCUUACUGAAUGGAGCCAGGCCAUCGACUCGCCGCUAUCUGACGCGUAUCCUUGCAUCCACGAUCUCAUUUCGAGAUGGGCAGCGGAGGUCCCAGAAAAGGUGGCGGUUCAGGUUGCAGAUUCACAGUUUGUGACGUACGGUGAAAUCGACAAGAGGUCCACGGCCAUCGCCAGAGUAAUACAACAACUCAUGGGUGAACGGUCUGGAUCCACUCCGCCGUUGAUCCCAAUCUGCUGUGACCGGGGGUUUGACAUGGUGAUUGCUAUUCUUGCCGUCCUGAAGGCUGGAGCAGCCUAUGUACCGCUGAACAUCUCCGAUCCAGAGGGAAGGCUAGAAACCAUCUUGCGUCAAACCCAGGCCACGAUAAUCAUCGACGGCUUACUUGGCGAGGAGAGCCGUCGCAAACUGCAUGCGUUUGGUGAUCGCACGUCGACCUCGGUGUACACUAUCAAUGGUCUCUAUACAAUGCCUUCCUCCAAGGUCCCUCUGCCCCAAGUCCACUCUGGGUCGCUCGCGUAUGUUCUGUUCACCUCCGGGUCCACGGGGGAGCCCAAAGGCGUAAUGAUCGAGCACCGCAAUCUUACAUCAUUCAUAGCCACGCAGCACGAGGAGCUUAUCGGCGGGUGGACGAGUUGCCGCAUGCCAGUGGCGGCAUAUACAUUUGACGUGUCGAUGGCCGACCUAUUGACAGGUCUGGCUAUUGGUGCCCGCGUGGCAUUGGUGGACAGUGAGAAAAUGUUGGCCUCCCUGCCAUCCUGGGCAGACCGAAUGCUAGCCACUACUCUCUCCAUGACCCCUACACUGGCCUCACUUCUCGCCAGACAGCUUCCACCCUUUGUAGCGUUCCUUGUGCUAGCCGGGGAGGUUUUUGACCCCAGUAUCAUGAAGGCGCUUCCCCGUGAAUGCCGUGUUUGGAAUGGAUAUGGCCCUACAGAAACUUUCUAUGCAACUUUCCACUUCGUGGAUGCAGAGACAACGUACACCCAGGUACCCAUCGGACGGCCGUUUGGUGGCAACCAAAUAUAUAUUCUUCGCCCAGGCAGUGAUGAGCGUCAGCCCGUAGGCGCAAUCGGCGAGAUCUGCAUUGGCGGGACCCAGGUUGCCCGCGGAUACCUUCGCCGCGAAGAUUUGUGGAAUCGAUCAUUCACAAGAAGCGCAUGCAAUCGCCAGACGGUGCUAUACAGGACAGGUGACCUAGGGCGGUUCAUGGAUCAUGGUGUGAUCGAGUACCUUGGGCGCAUGGACGACCAAAUCAAAAUCCGGGGCCAGCGAACUGAGCCUGCGGAGAUCGAGUCAGUUGUUCAUAGUGCCUCGCCUCACGUAGCCCAUGCGACUGUUGAUGUCCAUCAUCCCAAGCGAGGAGCCGGGCCAGUGCGCGUGAUUGCGUUCAUCUCCACAAGAGAGGCAGUGUCUCCCAGUGUGCGCAAAAAGCUCAUCCAAGAAGAGGUAGAGCCCUCGUGUCGAAAUCAUCUUCCAGCGCAUAUGAUCCCAUCCACAUGGAUCCACGUGCGCACGGUGCCCCUUACAGCCAGCGGUAAAGCGAACAAGAAGAAGUUACGUUCCUGGAUGUUGGCGUUGGAGGAAGGGGAAACAGUGCCCGGGGUAUCAAUCAUAGAGUUAUCUCCGUCGGAGAAGUCGCACGAUAUGGAUGUUUCGCAAGCCCCUGACAGCCCUCGUGAGGUGGCCCUGAGACAAUCAUGUGCUCAGCUAUUUAAAGUUGAUGAGGAUCGGAUAUCAUUGGGAUUGUCUUUCAUAUCGUCCGGAGGUGAUUCUCUGUUGGCAUUGCAGUUGAAUGCUAGGCUGAGAGAAAAGGGAUUCAAAUGCACCCCUCGCGACAUUGUGGGGGCUCAGAGCCUUGCUGAACUCGCAAAGAAUUUGAAAAUCUCGAAUGAGAGUGUGCCCCCGGUGCCCAUUGCAGACUGGACACUAGAUCUUGACGAGAUGGCACGUCUCCCACCGAACGGCAUUGAGGGCUGGGAGACGAUAGUGCAACGUGUUGGAAUCGAUCCCAGCCAGGUCCAAUGGGUCAUGCCGUGUACACCAUUUCAGGAAGGCAUUCUCUCGAGCAGCGACGCAAGUGGAAGCUCGGUUGGAUACUUGGCUCACAUGAAUAUCGGCCUGGGCAAGGAGAUUGAUAUAGAAGCGCUCAAAUAUGCUUGGCAGAAAACUGUUGACCAUGAGGAGAUGCUGCGGACCACGUUUAUACCCACCCAUAUGACCAAUACACCAGGACCUGAACAGGACGGCUCACUCCUCCAAGUGGUUUUAUCUCCUCAAUCGUCGCAAGCAGGUCGGGUCAAGUCCAUGCAGGUGGUCAGCACCUCUACUGUUCACCACGCUGCGCUUCCAUAUCUGCAGGGCGAAAGUGAGCAGGGCCAUAUCCCUGUUGCUGUCGUUGUUGCUAUCGAGAGCCAGGCCGGCGAGGGCCAAGAAUACACGCUUCGCAUAACAAUGCAUCAUGCGCUGUAUGAUGAGGCAUAUCUAUCCUUGUUGUUAAAGGAUUUAUCUGCUAGAUAUCGAUCAAUCGCAUGCAACCAGGGAGUCGCUGAAGUGCUCCCAGGAGAUCAACGAAUUCCGUUCUCCACCUAUGUGCGUUUCGUCCAAUCUAAGCUAGGUAAAACAUCGUCCACAUCUCCUGCCGGCGAAUUUUGGAAACGCUAUUUGGCGGAUGCAGUUCCCAGUACAUGGCCACUCGCGCACGGGAUGCAAAGCUCCAUCACUUCGGUGAUGAGCCCAGAGACGUCAGUGAUGGAAUGGACAGGCAACCUUCGAGCCGCAGCUUCCAACAUCCAAGUCACUAUCGCCGCGAUCGUUCGUGCAGCAUUAGCCCUGGCUGUGGCCGAACACUCUAAUGUUACUGACGUCGUAGUCGGGGAGGUUUCCAAGGGCAGACCCGACAUUCGCAGCCACGGCGAUUCAACAUCAAGGCUAAUUGCAGGGCCAUGUGCAACUACUCAUCCAGUUCGAAUUCGACUAGCCGACAGAGGUGGAUUCAAAAGACAUACGAUGCUGCAGCUCUUGCGCGAGUCUUUUACCUCCUACAUGGAAACACUGCCCCACCAGUUUUAUGGCCUUUCACGCAUAAGAGAGCAAUCCAGCCGCGUAGACCUCCUGCCCUUUCAAGUUCUCUUUGUCUACCAGGAUGCGUUUCGCAGCAAAGAAGGACUCGCCGGAGAUGGCGCCUUCCAGGUACAGGGGGGUCACUUGGGGCAAAUGGGGUUUCCCAUUGUUGUUGAAUGCUCCUGUCUCCCUGGGGAUGCGGGGGUUGUACUUCACUGCACCUAUGCACCAGAUGUGAUUGACAAGCCUAGCAUUGAGUGGUUCCUACACCAUAUUGCUCAGUCGAUUGAUGCUCUCGUACAAGUGGACGUGACCGGGAGUACCAGUAUGAGGUUGGCACGAGUCCCUCUCAGCUCCCAGGAGGCUCGACAACUUGAGCUAUGGAGCCGCAGUCAUCAAGCAACGGAGGAUAGAGAAGUCAAUGAGACUCUUCCCAUGUCUUUACCGCACGCCUUUGAUGAUAUUGCGACAAGUAUGCCUGAGAAGGUUGCUUUGCAAUCUUCACAACAUGAAUAUGUUACUUACGGUGAACUGCAACAGCGAAGCACAGCCCUGUCCCUGGUGCUACAAAGAUAUAUAGCCUCAUUGGACGGCAUCAACUCUCAGCACCUGGUUAUUCCAAUAUGCUUCGAGCGCAAUCCGGACAUGGUUGUCGCAAUCCUGGCGAUCCUCAAAGCAGGUGCAGCAUUUGUACCGCUUGAGCCUGGCUACCCAGCAGAGAGGCUCAUCAGUAUAGUGAGGACGACCGGUGCUUCGCUCAUUAUCUGUGGGGCGACGGAAAAGGACAAUGAGACCCUGGUCUCGGUGUCCCAUGCAACAAACGCGAGCCUCGUUACCCUGGAUGAUCUGAAGUCCACCCCUACCUCGGGCCACACUAUGCUCGCACACCAUUGUAGGGACGACUCUCGCAUUGCCUAUGUGUUGUUUACGUCGGGCUCGACAGGGACCCCUAAAGGUGUGAUGAUCACGCACCACAAUUUACUUGCCUUCAUGCGAUACAACAACCCGGAUAUCCAUGGAAGGUGGUAUAACUCUCGGAUGCCUGUGGCCUCUUAUACGUUCGAUGUUUCCAUGGCAGACAUCCUCACAACCCUUUGCUCCGGUGGCAGGGUAGUCCUGGUUCCAGUACAAAAUUUAUUCUCUUCCCUGGGCGCCUGGGUCGAUGUUUCAAUCACGUCUCAUGUCUCUCUAACUCCGACAAUCGCAAACAUGCUCUGGGAGCCAGUCAAGAACGCUGCGGUAGUUUUUCCAUUCCUCAGCGUCAUGUUGUUGGCUGGCGAAGUAUUCGAUGUGCAGCUUCUGAACUAUAUCCCAGACGAAUGCCGGGUCUGGAAUGGAUAUGGCCCAACCGAAACGUUCUACGUGACGUUCUAUCAUGUUCCAAAAGCCCGUACCAAGGGACAAAGUUCAGUCUCAAUUGGAUACCCCUUCGGGGCGAAUCAAGUCCAUCUCUUGGGCUUCGAAUCUCAUGAUCGUGUACCAGUUGGAUGUAUCGGUGAGAUCUGUGUGACGGGCCCACAAGUCGCACGCGGGUACCUUGGCCAGCCAGAGCUAACAGAGCGACAUUUCAAGCGCCAUGUUCUAGGCCAGACGUCGGAAGGCCUCCUGUAUCGGACCGGUGAUAUGGGAAGGUUCUGUCCCGAUGGGAAACUAGAGUACCUAGGUCGACUCGAUCGACAGAUCAAGAUACGUGGUCAACGCGUGGAGCUCGCAGAGAUUGAGGCGGCCGUAUCACAGCAUAAUUUGCUUGACGGUUGUGCGGCCGUGGUGGUGAAUCGUCCCACUGGAGAUACCCUGAGUGUAUUCUGCGUGCCGGCUUCGGAACAAACCCCUGGCAAAGUCUGGGACGCCAAUACUGCCGCUCAAAUCAAAGCGUGGAUUGCCACCAGACUUCCGGCACACAUGGUGCCCUCAUAUCUCUUCCCGUUGGAAGGGGGGCUUCCUCGCGUCCCCAGUGGGAAAGUAGACCGCCGGCUGCUGGCUCAGAGAGCCACAAGUCUGUUAGCAGACCCUGCGCUAUCCUGCCUGGACCAGGACACGUAUAUUGAACCCACGACGGAGAGAGAGAAGGUCAUCUGCGAAGUCUUCGAAGAAACAUUGGGCCGGCGUGUGAGUAUAUUGGACAAUUUUCUCCACCUUGGAGGCCAUUCCAUCCUCGCCAUUCGAGCAGUAUCCAAGAUCAAUAAUCGCCUCCAUGUCAAUCUUUCCUUCAAAGAUGUGUUUGACUUUCCAACCGCUCAGACUUUGGCACAGCGACUCGACUCCACGGCUACGAGCCGACAACUGUACACUUCAAUUCCGAGGCUCCCUCGAGAUAGGACGAUAGUCAGGCAGUCAUUCGCUCAGGGCCGACUCUGGUUUUUAGACCAGUUGCAUCCUGGCUCGACUUGGUAUCUGAUGCCCUUUGGCCUUCGCAUUAGGGGAGAGCUGCAUCUCGAGGCUUUGGAGGCCGCAGUGUCCACGAUUGAGGAGAGGCACGAGACACUGCGGACGACCUUUGAACACCGCGAUGGGGAAAAUAUCCAAGUUGUACAUCCAUUUGCACAUCGUCAGCUCAGGGUUGUUGAAGUGCCGUCCGCAGCGGGCGAAGAAGGCCUCCUGCGCGCCCUAAAGGAGGAACAGUCCACCCCAUUUGAUCUCCAAGUGCAUCCAGGGUGGAGACCACUUGUCCUUCGCCAGAACAAGAGGUCGCAUAUUCUAUCGAUCGUUAUCCAUCAUAUCAUCUGUGAUGGCUGGUCUGUUGGAGUGCUCCUGAAGGAACUGAGUACGUUCUAUUCCGCUGCACUCCAUGCUCGCCCCAUCCAUGCUCAGCUGCCACCGCUACCCAUACAAUAUCGCGACUUCUCAGCGUGGGAGAAUCAAGAAGACCAAAGAGCAGAGCAUGAUCGCCAGCUAAAGUAUUGGACAGAAAGACUCAACGGCAGUAAACCGGCAGAGUUCAUUGCUGAUAAGCGAAGACCUCCAACCCCAUCGAGGCAAGCAAUCUUCGAGGAAGUUGGCAUCCAUGGUGCCAUGUAUGACCGCUUAUGCCAGUACUGUAAGCAGCAUGAGAUAACACCUUUUAUUGUUCUACUGGCCGUCUUCAGAGCCACGCAUUACCGCCUUACAAGGGAAGCCGAUGCGACUAUCGGUACCCCAAUCGCCAACCGAGGGCGCGAAGAGCUGCACGACAUUAUUGGACUCUUUGUGAACGUGCAGUGCAUCCGGCUCAAGGUCGAUGAUUAUGAUACCACGUUCGAGGACCUUGUCAGUCAGGCAAAGUCAGUCGCUACAGAGGCCUUUUCCCACCAGGAUAUCCCUUUCGACCGGAUCGUGUCUGCCCUGCAGCCCGACAGAGAAACAACCCAGAAUCCCUUGGUACAGACGGUGUUUGCCGUCCAUCCACAAACAGAAGGGAAAGAGCAGCUGGAGGGGCUCGAGACCGAGCAGAUCCUCAUGUCACGUACCACUCGAUUUGAUCUCGAAUUUCACCUAUUCCAAGAAGCGGAUGGUUUAAGCGGUCAAGUCGUGUUUGCUCAAGAUACCUUCUUCUCUGAAACCGUUCGAUCCAUGAUUUCGGUAUUCUACGCCGUUCUUGAGUGUGGGCUGAACCAGCCAAGCACAAACAUUGCUUCCAUGACCUUGCUCAACGACCGCUCGCUGCAUGACAUGGACGAUCUAUUAGACAUAAAGCGGACGGACUACCCACGGGAUGCCACUGUAGUUGAUCUAUUUCGUCAGGAAGCACGGUCACAUCCGGACAGCAUUGCUAUUGUGCACGAAGGAAAGGAGCACACAUAUGGCGAUCUUGACCGUCAGUCAGACAGUAUCGAAAGGUGGCUACGCAGUCUUUACCUUGAUCAGGAGACCAUCGUCGGGGUGCUCGCAGCACGAUCCGCCGAAGCAAUUGCCGUUUUCCUGGGGAUUAUGAAAGCAGGUCUCGCGUACCUACCACUAGAUGCCAGUACUCCACAUACUCGCAUCUGCAGCAUCCUGUCAUGUAUAGAUGGAAAGAUAACUGUGAUUGUGGUGGAUGGGGCAGGGGUUGCUGUGCCAGAUGUCGGAUUGGCUCACGUCGAGUUCAUUACCCUCUCUCGCAUCAGGGAUGGCGAGCGACAUGAAAUGUCAGACGAUCAGAGGCUGGAUGGUCAAUCCUCAACAUCCGCGACCAGUUUAGCGUGCGUCCUGUUUACUUCAGGGUCGACUGGAACGCCCAAGGGAGUCUUGAUCGAACACCGCGCAAUUGUACGACUGGUCAAGGAACCCAACUUUACCAGAGCCGCAGGCAAGCCUCUAGCUCACAUGGCUAAUAUUUCCUUUGAUGUCUCUGUCUGGGAAGUCUUUAUGCCUCUCCUUAGUGGUGGCGUGGUGAUAUGUAUUGAUGCGAUGACAGUGCUGGACUAUAAGCGCCUGAGCGAUGCAUAUGCUCGCCACAGCGUGCGAGCGGCCAUGUUCACCCCCGCCUUAUUCAAACAAUGCCUGCUUGAGACCCCUUUGAUUGUCAAGGGCCUGGAUCUAUUGAUUCUAGGCGGAGACCGCCUCGAUCCUGAGGAUGUCUUCAGGGCAAAGCAAUUCACACAGGCUACCAUCUUGAACGGAUAUGGGCCCACAGAGAACAUGGGGGCAAGUACUCUAUACCCGCUGCUAGACGAGGAGGCAUAUGCAAAUGGUGUGCCGAUUGGGAGGCCGAUAAGUAACUCUGGGGCUUAUGUUACGGACGAUUCACUCAAUAUUGUCCCUCGAGGUGUGGUUGGGGAGCUUGUUGUCACCGGUGAUGGGCUAGCAAGAGGAUAUACAGAUCCCAAGAAGAAUGAAGGUCGCUUUGUAGACAUGGUCAUCGGCCCCGAUAUUGUCCGGGCAUAUCGGACGGGGGACUAUGCGCGAUGGAGACCGGUUGAUGGGCAGUUGGAGUACUUUGGCCGUCGAGACGACCAAGUCAAAAUCCGCGGAAAUCGGGUGGAAAUGGGGGAGAUUGAAUACACCCUCCUCUCCCACAGCGCAGUACGCAGCGCUGCCGCCGUUGUGAACGGCCAAGGGGCGGAUGUUGACCUUGCAGCCUUUGUAGUCUUGCAUCCGAUCCAUGACGAGGUGGCGGAGACGGAGCGGGUGGAUGCAUGGAAGAAUGUCUUUGAUACAGAGGCGUAUGACAGCUUCGCACUUCAACCCGACCGACUAGGAAGAGACUUUGUCGGAUGGCUCUCCAUGUAUGAUGGAUGCAGUAUCGACCUCAGUGCGAUGGACGAGUGGCUGGAUGACACCCUUCGGACUUUGUUGAACGGCCAAGACCCUGGAAAGGUCUUGGAAAUUGGCACGGGUUCGGGAAUGAUCCUCUUCAACAUUGCCAAAGGGCUGGACGAGUAUGUUGGGAUUGAGCUGGUGCCAAAGCUCGCCCGUAUGGUCGAGCAAGUGGCCAACGCCGACGAAAGACUGGCAGGGAAAGUGAAGGUCCAUACCGGCGUGGCUGACCGUAUCGAGGAUUUCAUUCCUGGGUUCAUCCCCAACCUGGUAAUUGUCAACUCUGUGGCGCAAUACUUUCCAAGUGCGGGCUAUCUCUUGGAGAUUAUUGAGAAACUGACUCGGCUGGAGGGUGUCGAGACAUUAUUCUUUGGUGACAUCCGGUCCUACCCUCUGUACAACGAGUUUCUGGUAUCCAAGGCGUUGCACAAUAACGGCGCGAAAGCAACACAGGAUCAGGUCCGGAGAUGCAUAGAGGAAUGCAGAGCAGCCGAGACCGAGUUACUUGUGGAUCCUGCAUUCUUCACCUCCUUGGCCUGUCAAUUCCCGGAUCGGGUCGAGCACGUUGAAGUUCUCCCGAAGCUGAUGAGUGCCACGAACGAGCUCAGCUGCUACCGCUACUCUGCCGUUGUUCAUAUGAAACAUGCUACAGCACCACCGCGCAAGAUUUACCAGGUUGACGAGAGCCAGCGGAUCGAUUAUACAUCGCGUUCCUUGAAUUCCCGAAGCUUGCUGGAGCACCUGCAGCAAUCGCAUGACAGCCCGAUAAUAGCAGUGGAAAACAUACCAAAUCGCAGGACAAUCCUUGAGACAUAUAUAGUGGAUGCCCUUGAAGAGGGGAUUCCUCCUCGUCCCAUGGACACUCAGAGUCACUGGCAGGUCCGUCACCGUAACCGAGCAGCACAGAGCUCGGCCUUGUUGCCGGGAGAUUUGGUCUCCAUAGCCAACCAGGUAGGAUUCCAGGUCAGCGUCAGCUGGGCUCGACAACGUUCACAGCAUGGGGCAUUCGAUGCAAUUUUCCAUCGGCUCAGGCCAGAUUGCGAACAACAGCGAGUGCUAUUCAACUUCCCAGCCGAUCAUCAGCGUCAGGACAUCGGCUCAUUCACAAACCAUCCCAUCCAAGGUCAACAAGAUCAACAGCGCAUAAGUGAGCUCAGAGAGUACUUGCAGGCGCAGCUUCCAGCAUACAUGGUUCCACGCACCAUCACAGUCCUCGAUCAGCUGCCACUGACAGAUCGUGGCAAGGUCGACCGCCAGGCCCUUCGCCAGCGAAUCAUACAGCCACAACCAGUAGCUACCGAACUGCAGCCGAGUUUAGAUAGAGAAACAGUGGAUUACGGCACUCCAACUGAGCGAACCGUUUGCAAGGUGUUUGCUGAGGUAUUGGGGCUGCAGUCUGUUGACAGAGAAAGCAGUUUCUUUAGCCUGGGGGGUCAUUCUCUGUUGGCUCCCCGAGUGGCAUCUCAACUAUCAAAAUGUCUGGAUUGCACUGUGACUGUCAGAGACGUCUUCGACUGCCCAACGCCUGCGAGAUUAGCGGAUCGUUUGCUAUCAAAACAGUCGGAUGAUAAUAUGGAAAAGACCUCCACUAUUGACGGUAAAACGAAUCUCUUUGCAUUUGACAAGGUUAAAUAUCAGAAUGCUGUUCGCGACUGGGGCGUUCAGUUCGACGAAGUGAGUCACUUGAUGCCUUGCACUCCGUUCCAAGAAGGAGUUUUGUCAAACUCUCUAGCUGCACCAGGAGACUCCGGCUAUUUGAGUGUUGUACGGCUGGGACUGGAGUCAGAACUUGAUAUGGAAGCAAUACGGCUCGCAUGGCAAGAAGUGGUCCAGCGCGAAGAGACACUCCGCACUGCUUUCAUUCCGGGUGCUGAGGAUCUUUCUUCAUCAUCCAUUACCUCCAGCACCUUUUGGCAAUGCGUCUUCGACAAAGACUCCCAUGAGGUUCAAAGGCUUUUGUUUAUCGACGGGCCAAAUAGGCAGCGGGACCGCCCUGCUUUAGGCUUUGGCCAUAUCCCGGUCUCGUUGGCUUUGGUAGACGCACCGAGCUCGUGCAAGGCCAGGGACAGUUGCUCGCCCCAACUUGAACUCACCAUACAUCACGCUCUAUAUGAUGAGACGUAUUUCCGAUGGAUCAUUCAGGACGUUUCCCGAGAGUACCAUAAAGCUCGACUGGCGGAAGACCGUACUCCCCAGCGGCCUACUGACAAAUCUGUGAACAUGAUUCCGUUCAGCGCGUUUGUCUCUCAGCUGCAGGCAAUUCCAAAGGAGGGUGCAACCUCAUUCUGGAGAGAGUAUUUAAAUGGGGCUCCUGCCGCGUCCUGGCCGGUUGCGAGAGGGCUGGAGAGUGGCCGAAUAACAACAAUCGACGAGUUCUCGAGCCGGUCCCUGACAUGGAAGGGAAACAUGCAUGAGUUAGCCGGAGCUAGAGCAGUCACUUCUGCCGCGAUUUCUAGAGCUGCAGUGGCGCUCGUCGUAGCAGAGCAUAGUGGUGUUGAAGACAUUGUUAUUGGAGAGGUGUCGAGUGGAAGAUCCCUCUCUGAUGGCGCUGCCGGGUUCGUAGCCGGUCCGUGUAUCUCAACACACCCGGUCAGGAUACGCAUGCAACAGAGGCAGGCAUCAAGCACCAGUCAGCAGAGACUGUCCUUUGACCAGUUGGUCAAACAUUCGCUGGAUUCCUAUUUGGAGACAGUGCCCUACCACCAGCUCGGCUUGCCCAGUAUCCGACGGCAGUCAGAUUCCCCCGAUCUCCUGCCCUUUCAGGUGCUUUUUGUUUAUCAGCAGGCUUUCAAUUUUGAGAUGCAGCUUCGAGAAGAAACAUUCCCCAGCUUCAAGGUCCAAGGGGCCCACCUUGGCCGGUUUGAGUUUCCCGUCGUGCUGCAAGCAUCAUGCCAUCCAGUCACGGGCCACCUGAGCCUGAUGUGCAUGUUUGAUCCAACAGUUCUAAUUCCAAAGGACAUCGAGUGGUUUCUUGAACACAUAUCUCAGGUUCUCAGCUCCAUCGCCGACAGUCCCUCUCAGCCCAAUGCCACGCUAACUGUUGGUGACGCCGAAGAGGCAGCGUUGGCCAAAAUCGCGGGCGAGAGAGGGCAAACCCCAGAACUACCGUUGAGUACUCGUGGCGAGUCUCUGUGCGCCCAUGAUAUGAUAUCCCGACGGGCCAUGCAGAACCCUUGCAAGAUAGCUCUGCAGUAUGAACUCUCCCAGUUCAUGACAUACGGAGAGCUUGACAGUCGGAGCACCAAGCUAUCAACCAUGAUCCGCAGAUUUUUCGAUCACACUUUCAAAUCCGACUGUCUUCAACAACCCUUAGUUCCAAUUUUCUUCGACAAGGGAGUGGACAUGGUAUUAGCAAUGCUGGCCGUUCUAAAAUCUGGGGCUGCUUAUAUUCCACUGGACGCUUCCCAUUCCGAGCAGCGUUUAAGAGUGAUAUGUGAAUCCGCGCAGGCCAAGCUUAUCCUUUGGGAUGGCCACAACGGUUCUGAUAAGCUGAAUGCUAUUGGGCACUCUUCAGGCGCCACCGUCUCGACCCUGAAUGAACUUUCCGACGCAGCGGACUGUUGGAAAAGCACUAGGCGAUCUGGCAGAAAGCCUACGCCGUCCUCUUUGGCCUAUAUUAUCUACACGUCUGGUUCCACGGGCGUACCUAAAGGCGUAAUGGUCAAUCAUGCAAACUUGGUGUCCUUCAUGAAAUCCGCAACAAGUGACACAUACAUGUCCUGGACCGUGAACAGACUCCAGAUCGCUUCAUAUACAUUUGACAUGUCAGUCAGCGAUAUCUUCCCCGUCCUUGCUUCAGGGGGACGCGUCUUACUUGCCCAACAACAGUCGCUCUGGAGCGAUCUGGCUGGGUGGGUCGAUGCAUUUGCAGUAAAUCAACUCAUGACAACACCCACGGUGGCAGAUAUAAUGCUUUCCAGUGCAUCCUCCGACGGAUUCCUGUUGGCGCAUUUGCGCGAUGUGAUAGUGGGAGGCGAAGCCGUCAAGACAGACAUCCUGGAUAAGGCACCGGUAGAAAUGAUAUUCUGGAUACAAUACGGUCCCACCGAAACUACAGUUGUUGUGACUGGCUGUAUGCUUCGAGGACCUACAUACCACCACCCUGUUCCGCAUUCGCAGAUUACCGCAAUCGGGUUCCCUCUUCGCGGCUGUCGCGUGUACAUUCUACAGCCAGGCACGUCCAACCGAGUGCCUAUUGGAGUACCAGGUGAACUAUGCAUCAGUGGACCACAGGUAACUGGGGGAUACCACGGUGGCGUGGAUCCUUCCGAAAACCCAUUUGUCCCAGACCCCUUCUGGGCCGGGCAGACGAUGUACAGGUCUCGCGACAUUGCCAAAGUCCACGGCGAUGGGAUGAUUGAGUGGAUUGGGCGGAUGGACUCCCAGAUCAAACUGCGGGGCCUGCGUAUUGACUUGGGCGAGAUCGAGUCUACAGCCAGGCAGCUCAAUGGUGUCCAGUCGUGUGCUGUCGUCAAGGUGGAUCAGGGAGAGAAGGAAGCCUUGCUUGCCUUUAUCGAGGUAGCAAGCUCUCACCAAGGACAAAUUACCCCUUCCAUAAUCCAGCAACAUAUUGCGCAUCAUAUCCCGGCCUACAUGGUCCCUGCCCAUAUUCAACUGCUCGACACACCACUUCCGCGCACUGCCUCUGAUAAGCUGGAUCGAAAGGAAAUCCAUGCCCUUGCGACGAAGCUUGUGGAUAACGGAGAGUUACUGUCCUUCCGCGCCAGCGAGAUGCCAGCGGCUGAUCGCCCAUGCCCAGGUACUCUGGGGGCAACGCUCGCCUCGUAUUGGGCUACUAUACUAGGAGUCGACCAAGAGGUGAUCAGUCUGCAAACGCCCUUUUCUUCUUUAGGGGGAGAUUCCGUGCGUGCCAUCAGUCUACUCGCGCUACUGCGGCGCAACAACUUGCAGCUCAAUUUGACCGAUUUGGGUUCAUUUUCGACCAUCCAAUCCCAAGCAUCCAAAAUCCUCUGUGACGAGCAACUGCAAAGGCUCCCUGCUUACAUGCAGUUGACCACACGCAGCAACAGUCGGGCGACGAUGGUGUUGAUCCAUCCCUUCUUCGGUCAGUCUAGUGUGUUCGACCAUAUAGUGCCGGCUCUAAGCAACCAGUACGAUAUCGUGCAAGUGUCUGAUCCUUUCUUUGGAAAGCCCGAGGGCCCCGCAUCCCUGCGCGACUGGGCCGCACAUUACCUGGCAGCGCUUCAAGUCCAGCUGACGCAGGGCCGGCCUGUCGUUUUCGUCGGGUACUCUUUUGGCGGCCUGCUGGUACUGGAAAUGGCACGAUUAUUGGAGGUAACAGGAAAAGGAUUCCCCUUCUCUACCGUCAUUGUCGACACACGUUGCUAUGAUCCGCACCAGCCGUUCUUCAAAGAUGAGGAAGAGAGAAAAACAGCUGCCGAUGAUGCCGUCCGACUCUUUGGGCCCGGCCAAACAAGGAUGAUCGAGGAACACUUUGAUAAACACGCCCGCAUAUGGGAAAAUUCCGCGUGCCCGGACAAGUACCUCGGCCGUUCGCUCUACCUGGCCACUCCGGAUGCCGUCCAGUCAGGUAUUGUAGACUGGUGGCGGAAUCAGUGCCCGCACAUUGAGGUUCAGCAAGUGGAAUGCUCACACGGGGAGAUUUUCGGGCCUGCGAUGACUGCACGCCUAAGUGUGUUGAUAAAUGAGCAUUGCAACCUAGAUACCACGCACAAUGAGGCUUAGGAACAACGUGCGCCUCAUACGAGCAUAUCUACAUUUUCUGGGGUCUGGUAGUUGUUUGGCUUUAUUGAUAUUUCAUUAGUAUGGGGAGAUACGAUGAAAAUAAAUUGGAAAUUUUGAGGAUCUCAGCCGGAGGGUCCUUGCGGCGAUGGUCCUAAUCUGACAACUCUGUCGAGCACCUCGCUCGUUCUGCUUAUUAUAGAAGGUUUAGUAAUUAGAUCCAUUUACUAAUAAGAAAGUAUAC